UAAAAAUUAUGGAAAAAACACUUGCGAUUUCUUAAUGUAUUUAAAUCGCUUGCACUUGGACCAGAAUUUGUUUGAAUUUAAUUAUAAAUGAAAGUGAAAAAAUUGAGAAAAAAUUAAAGCCAACCCAAACAAACCUAAAAAUAUAAAUGUGGCCGGUGAUUGGAUGCGAACAGCAAAGAAGUGAUAGCAAAAGUAAACUGUUUUCCUUUUUUGCUUUGCAAAAGAUAUGUGAUUGUAUAAAACAAUAACAAUUUGAGAAGAAAUCGAAAAGAAAUACGUUCGGCUAAUAGCUUCUUAAGCAGCUCCACCGAAAAAAAAGGCAAUUGCAAAAUGGCCAGCGAUGAACAAGAAUGGCGUCUUAGUUUAAUGCGAAGAUUAGCAGAACGUGAUCGUCGAGAGGUAACACCGUUCAAGGAAAUCAUCCUUCAAAAUAAUCGUCUAUUGGAUAAUGUGGCCCAAUUGAAAGCCGAUAAUUUGAAAAUAUCUGUAGAAAAUGAACAACUACGUGUAGCGUUUGCAACAGGUGGUAAAGGUAAUGGUAAAGACAGCAAUGCGGCUCAAAUAGCAAUAACCGCUUUGGAAAAGAAACUAUUGGCUCAACAAGAAGAAUUAACGGAUCUGCACAAACGUAAAGGCGAAAAUUCACAAAUGAUUGUUGACUUGAACUUAAAAGUAGAAAAACAACAACUUAUUGUUAAGGAAAAAGAAAGCUGUCUUGCCGAACAAAAAACUGCCAAUAAUAUAUUAAAGGCUGAAGUUCAAAUGCUUAAAUCCAGUUUGGAAGAAUUGAAGAAACUAAACAAUACAUUGCUAGACGAACAUACCGCCUUGCAAUUGGCAUUUAGUGCUCUUGAAGAUAAAUUAAGAGGAGUACAGGAAGAAAAUCGUUGCUUAUUAGAACGUUUGAUGCGUUACAAAUCAAAGGAUGCUGAUAAAUUGAAUGAGGAAAACGAAAGCUUUCUCAGAAAACGACUGCCGUCAAUUUUCAGAAAACGUUCCGAUAAAUUGAAACGUGACCUUGAAGACGCCGUCCGUGAACCAAAUUCAACAUUGCCACGUUUAACGCGUAAUUCUUCGAGCCAUUCACAGCACGGCCUGGGCGAUAGCGAUUCAUACGAUAACGAUAACGAUCGUUAUUCUUCCGAUACCGGCGGUGUUGAUCAUUGCAUAGAGGCCGGUUGCGGUCCCGAAUUAGAUAUGUUCUCGUCACCCAAUUCACGUUUACGUGACGUUCUUUGUCAUUCAACAACCAAACCGGAUAAUCCGUCGACAAUUUUUAUGAAAUUUGAUGCGCAUGAAAACGAAUCGCAUGCAGUUCGUUGGAGUCCCAUUGAACGUGUUUUGGCGACUGGUGGUGCGGAUCGUAAAGUGAAAUUAUGGGAUGUGGGGAAAGCUUCUCCGGAACCCCGUGCAGUUUUAAGUGGUAGCAGUGCUGGCAUUAAUUCAGUCGAUUUCGACUCCACUGGUUCGUAUAUUAUUGGCACAUCAAAUGAUUACGGCGCCCGUGUAUGGACAGUAGGAGAUAAUCGUUUACGGCAUACUCUUACAGGCCACAGUGGUAAGGUGAUGGCAGCUAAAUACGUUCAAGAGCCUGUAAAAGUGGUAACUGGAAGUUAUGAUCGCACUCUAAAAAUAUGGGAUCUGCAUAAUGUCGCCUGCAUCGAGACGAAAUUUGCCGGUUCAAGUUGCAAUGAUCUCGUAACUACAGAUAGUUUAGGCUCCACCAUUAUUAGCGGUCAUUAUGAUAAGAAGAUACGCUUCUGGGACAUACGCACCGAAAAACAAGCUGAUGAUUUAUUAAUGAAUGCUAAAAUUACCUCAUUGGAUUUAUCAAAAGACGGGAAAUUAUUGAUAGCUUCACUACGUGAUGAUACUAUACAACUUAUAGAUUUACGCAAAAAUUCAAUUAUUAGCACGUUCUCUGAUGAACAUUUUAAAUUAAGCUGUGAUUGGGCUCGCGCCUCAUUCAGUGCAAAUGCCCAAAAAAUAGCAUGCGGUUCUACUGAUGGAUUAAUAUAUCUUUGGAAUCUUGAUGGUUAUGUCGAGGCCACAUUAAAAGGACACAGUUCUGGUUCUGGCUUCUUUCACAGCGCUGCGGUGCAUGCAGUUAGUUGGAGUCCUACCUGUAAUGGCUUAGCUUCCGUUGGUAAAAGUAAACGUUGCAUAAUCUUUUCAGAAGCGUAGCCUCGAAACUUGGGUGCAAGUGUCAAAUGAAGAUUAAAAACAAAAAAAACAAAAAAUAACAACAACAAUAAACAAAAUGAAACCAUAAUAAGCGGAGCUCAUAAAAUUCGCAAAACGUCAAAGUUACAGGAACAAAGAGUGUAAUGCCGCAGUUAAAAAGGCAAAUAUUUUUUAUUAUCAUUGUUACAAUUUACAUAUUUUUUUUUUUGCAUUUUGAUUUUCUUUUAUACAUAAAUUUAAGUUUUAAAAAGGAAAGCAAACAACAUUAGUAGCAAAACCUUAAUAAUGAAAGAUAAUUUGCUCGUUUCGAAAAACAUUUUCUUAAUUUUCAAUGAAAAAAAUUGUUUUGGAUCAUUGCAGAAAAAACAAUUAUCUCUGAAAUAAAUACACACAUAAUAGAAAAUCAUGUAUAAGAUAAUUUUUUUCAAAGUGUA